AUGCCCAAUGAAGAUUUGGAAUUGCUAUUGUAUCAGAACUUGAGGAGGAAUCGUUAUCUUGUCUUUAUGGAUGACAUGUGGAAUAUUGAAGCAUGGAAUGAGUUGCAGAACCCUUUUCCAGAUGACAGAAAUGGAAGCAGAAUUCUGAUAACAAGUCGUCUCCAUCAUGUUGUUUCACAAUUCACAGAAGAAGGUGAUCUUUUAAAUCUUCGUCCACUAUCAGAAAAUGAAAGCUGGGAGUUACUAAAAAGGAAGGUAUUCACAGAAGAAGGCUAUCCAGAGGCAUUAGUUGAAGUUGGGAAGGAAAUUGCUAGAAAUUGUCAAGGACUACCCCUUUCAGUUGUUGCCAUAUCUGGUCUCCUUAAAACAACAAACAUGAUAUGCAACAUGUGGAAAGCAAUUUCUGAAAGCUUGAACUCACUCAUAGUUAAUGAUCCACAAACGAGGUGCUUGGACAUCCUGGAACUUAGUGUUGAGAUAUGCCAACUUUUCCUACAGAUUUUAUCAGAUUAA